ACGAGAGAGAGAGAGAGACGGCGCACGAGAACAAGAGAGAGACGGCGUGCGAGAAGAACGAGAGAGAGUCGGCGCGCGAGAACGAGAGAGAGUCAGCGCGCGAGAACGAGAGAGAGUCGGCGCGCGGGAACGAGAGAGAGUCGGCGCGCGAGAACGAGAGAGAGUCGGCGCGCGA